AUGAAUGCAGAUCUGGUCAUGCAGCAUAAGUAUCGUACUUUCCAGGUGCUGGUGGCUUUCCUCAAGUUCGACGCCCUCUAUGUCCUCGAGUAUAUCGUUCAGAUCAUCAUGGUGGUUCCAAACUCGGAAGGACCUCCCCUUGGGAAUAUUUCUCACUGGGUUACUCCAGUGCUUUGGACCAUGUUAUCCAUGUCUUUUCUUCUCUUCCUCGCUACGGCAUAUUGUGUUCGACAUGAGCAUACUCUGAGAACAUUUAUCCUCAUGCCUUAUAUAGGUGGAGGCAAGAUGGCGGCUCUUCUUGAGGAGAAUUUCGAAAUGGAGACGCUCAGAAAUGAUUCGUCCACUGCCAUGACCGAGGCAUAG